CAGUGAGAGGCCCAUUUCUCACCCAAGACGGUUCUUGAGAAACGUAAAAAGUGCCCUCCAAUAAGGACUUGACGAGGAGCAAAUUUAAGCCAAUAGGCGACUGGAAGGUGGAGUUGUCCCGCCUUAGGCCGAAAGGGCCAAUAGGAAGCGCGGGCGGUGCGUUUGAAAGUGAGGCCAAAGAGGGUGGGAGCGCGUGCUGCUGGGAGUUGUUUGGAGGUUGGUGGCGCGGGGCUGACGGUCUUCGGGCGGAGCGGUCAUGUCGCACAAACAAAUUUACUAUUCGGACAAAUACGACGACGAAGAGUUCGAGUACCGGCAUGUCAUGUUGCCCAAGGACAUAGCCAAGCUGGUCCCUAAAACCCAUUUGAUGUCUGAAUCUGAAUGGAGGAAUCUGGGUGUUCAGCAGAGUCAGGGAUGGGUCCAUUACAUGAUCCAUGAACCAGAGCCUCACAUCUUGCUGUUCCGGCGGCCACUGCCCAAGAAGCCAAAGAAAUGAAGCUGAGGAACCACCUUUCAGCCUCAAGCUUAACACAGCUGUCCUCACUCGCUAACAUUGCUGAUACCAUUAUUGUGUUGCCUUCUUGUUUCUCACUUUGACAUUUAAACGAUAUUUAAAAUACACUGUUUGAUGUGCUGGUGACUGCUUUGCUCCUUGAGCAGAGCCAGCAGCACCACAUCCCAGCCACAGGAGCGCUCUUUGGGCUUUGCCACCUCUGCUGAGCACGACCCCAGAACCGAGGAGCUCUGUGUCCAGCAGAACGCACUUGGCAGACAGAGGAAGCAUCUGAGAAUAAGACCAUGGCUGUUACAGGGAUUGUGUAAACUUGCUGUGUUGUUUUUUUCCUGCCGGGUGUUGUAUGUGUGGUGAUUUAUGUUUCAAUGUAUUGGAAACUUUCCAUUUUAUUCAAGAAACCUGUUUCAUGUUAAAAGCCUUGAUUAAAGAGGAAGAUUUUUUAUAA